UGCGCUCUGCUGCUCACAUGACCUGGGGCUCCUGGGAUCUGGCUUGGUCCUGGCUUCAAAGCUGUGCAUGAGCCUCCUCUUUCAGGAAGCAUUCUCUGAGUGCAGACUGGGUGCGGGCCCCUCCCUUGCCCCUGCUUCUGAUCUAGCUUAUAGCUCUGCAUCCUUAGUGCUGCAGCCUCCCCGUCGGCCCCUAGCCCAGCCCAGUGUUUGGUACACAGUAGGUGCUUCAUAAAUGUUGGCUGAAUAAAUACAUUAUGCAUAAAGUCAAGGACAGGCACUGGUUCCUCCCUUAUCCCAGUAGUGUGUGAUGUACGCAAAGGUCACUCCAUCGAGCACCCCAAGUUUCUGGGGUUCCCCCUUUUUUAUCUCCUCCCUGUACUCAUUCAGCUCGGUUCAUCUUUGUUCUCUCUCUGUACCCCUCUACCCCUUCACCCAUCUCAACCCUCCUCAAGCUCCCUCACUCCAGCCUCUACUCCCCUCUCCACCACUGCCCCGGCUCAUCUUCGCUUUAUUUCCUUAACAUGAUGCAUAUCCAGUUCAAAAACAAGUGCUUAUAUCAUUGAACCCAUAAUGACAUCAAUAUUAAGAUACAUUGUUAUUUUAGGGACUAGUAAGGGAGGAAGAAAUUGCCUAUUAAAUUCAUUCUGUAGGUUCUAAGAUACAUCUGAAAGUGCAGUGUGCAAAAAUACACAUUUCAGAAUCAAAUAUGAUAUGAUCUCCAUUCAAAAAAAACUUGGAAACAUAGAAGAGCACACCCAUAAUUCAAUCACCUACAAUUCCACCACUCAGAGGGAACCUUUGUUAACAUGUUACUAUGUUUCCUUCUAAACUUUUUUCCAUUCACAUAUGAUCAUACAAAAUGUAUAUAUACAAAGAUAUUUCUUUAAACAUAAUUAUACCAUACAUGCUAUUUUGUCACCUGUUUUAUUGAUAUCAGUACAGCACAUUUAUAAACAUUCCUCUAAAAUGUAAUUUUCUCCCAUAUUUUUAAUCAUAAAAAUAAAACAUUUAUUUUAGAAAAUGUGGAAAACAGAAAAUUAUUAAGGAAGAGAAGAAAAAAUGUCUGUUAACUAACCAAAGAUAAUCACUGCCAUCUAACAUUUUGGUGAUCACACGAUUUCCCUGGCAGAGAUUAUGCUAUCAUUCUUACUAUUUCGACACAUGCUGAGUGCCAGGCCAGGCGAGAGGUGUCAGGGCCUGGUGAAAGCACAGGGCUGCCAAUGUUAGCAAAGCACCCACUCGGUGCCAGGCUCCACGCUGGGCUCUGUCUGAACGGUUCACAUCACCAGGACUCCUAGGCGAUAGAAAAACCUGGCCGGGGUACAGACGGUCCCCACACCCUUCUCCAGGCCUAGGGCCAGGAGCUGGGAGCCCUGCUGUUGCUGUUGUCCUGACCCAGAGCCCUGAGCAGCUCCUCUUCUGACCUUGGGCAAGUCCCCAAAUCUCUUUGAGCCUCAACGCCCUCAUCUUGAGAUGAGGAUUUUCCUGGCCCCUCUGAUAAGCCUGCGUGAGGACUCGGACUGUGAAGAACAGUGAGGGUUCACCGUGAGCCACCAGGUGGCUCCACCACCUGCCGGCCCUCUGAGACUCCAACCCACAGGGACCAGGAGGCUCCGAGGGCCCACGAAGCCCGUGCCCCUAUUACACUGAUGGGGAGACUGAGGCCAGGAGGAGCUAAUGCACUUGUGCAAUAUCACCCAGCCACGACAGACUGAGGACCUGAGCCUGAUGGUCCCCGGGCCAGGCCAGUGUCAGCACACCUGUGGGUGAGGGGGAAGCUGGCCUGGAAGGAACCCAGGGAAGGGGAGGGGUGGUCCCCUGAGCCCCCGAAAGACUGAGCUAGUGGCCCCUUUGCCCAAGUCCAAAUGUGGCCUCAUCUCAAACAGGCCUGAGUCUUAUCUGUCGUGUGACCUUGAACACAGCCAUCUCCCACUCCUCCCUGCAUUUUCUCAGCUGUAAAAUGGGUCAAGUCAGGAGGUUCCAGGAAGUUCACGGAAGAGUUUAGCAAGAAGCUGCUGCCGUCACUGUUGCCCUAUUCCGCUCUCCUGCUUCCUGCUGCUCCUCCUCCCCAGCCCCGCCUGGGUCAAUUUUAACUGGAGUCCAGUCUAUGUCCCGGGACAUGCGGAGUCCGGGCUGACAGCUCACCAUGGCUAAACAGCUGCAGGCUCGAAGGCUGGACCGGAUCGACUACAACCCGUGGGUGGAAUUUGCCAAACUGGCCAGCGAGGAGGCUGAUGUUGUAAAUCUGGGCCAAGGCUUCCCAGACUUCUCACCCCCAGAGUUCGCCGUGGAAGCCUUUCAGCACGCCGUCAGUGGGGACUUCAUGCUUAACCAGUACACGAAGGCAUUUGGUUACCCACCCCUGACGAAGAUUCUGGCCAGUUUCUUCGGGAAGUUGCUGGGACAGGAGAUAGACCCACUCAAGAACGUGCUGGUAACUGUGGGUGCCUACGGGGCCCUGUUCACAGCCUUCCAGGCCCUGGUGGAUGAAGGAGAUGAGGUUAUCAUCAUCGAGCCCUUUUUUGACUGUUAUGAGCCCAUGACAUUGAUGGCAGGGGGUCGCCCUGUGUUUGUGUCCCUGAAGCCGAGCCCCACCCAGAAGGGAGAACCAGAUUCCAGCAGCAACUGGCAGCUGGAUCCCACGGAGCUGGCCAGCAAGUUCACAUCUCGCACUAAAGCCUUCAUCCUCAACACACCAAACAACCCCCUGGGAAAGGUGUUCUCCAGGGAAGAGCUGGAGCUGGUGGCCAGCCUCUGCCAGCAGCAUGACGUUGUGUGCAUCACGGACGAGGUGUACCAGUGGUUGGUCUUCGAUGGGUUCCAGCACAUCAGCAUCGCCAGCCUCCCUGGCAUGUGGGAACGCACCCUGACCGUCGGUAGCGCUGGCAAGACCUUCAGUGUCACAGGCUGGAAGGUGGGCUGGGUCCUGGGUCCGGACAGCCUCAUGAAGCACCUGCGUACUGUGCACCAGAACUCCAUCUAUACCUGUGCCACGCAGGGCCAGGCUGCCGUGGCUCAGAGCUUCGAGCGGGAGCAGCUGCACUUCGGCCAACCCAGCAGCUACUUUGUGCAGUUCCCACAGUACAUCCAGCGCUGCCGCGACCACAUGAUACAGAGCCUACAGUCCGUGGGCCUGCGGCCCGUGAUCCCCCAGGGCAGCUACUUCCUCAUCACAGACAUCUCGGACUUCAAAAACAAGAUGCCUGACUUGCCUGGAGCGGCAGAUGAGCCCUAUGACAGACGCUUCGUCAAGUGGAUGAUCAAGAAUAAGGGCUUGGUGGCCAUUCCAAUGUCCAUCUUCUUCAGCGUGCCCCACCAGAAGUUCUUUGACCACUAUAUCCGCUUCUGUUUCGCGAAGGAUGAAUCCACGCUCCGGGCCAUGGACCAGAAGCUGCAGAAGUGGAAGGCUGAGCUCACGCCCUGAGGUCGUGACAUCAGCCCUGGGCCCUGCCUGGUGCCUGCACACUCUGUGAGGCUCUGUCUUUGUCCAGCUCUCAGCCAUCCCAGGUGGAAGGUAGAAGGUACUGGAGGAGCCUGUCUCUGUAACACAGAAUGAUCCCAGGGAAGAGUCCUGCUUUUGGUCUCUGGGGAGUCGGGAGCACUUCCUCAUGGUGUAUGGCUCUGUUCCUGUCGCAGAGGUGAGGGAGGCCUGACCGGGGCCUCUCCCUGGUGUUACCUGUGCUGGGCUGAAUGGUCUUGGGUCCCCUCGCCCCUUCCCAGGCUCAGCUGGGACUCCAAGGGCAGACUUCAAUACCGUACUGCCCUUGGUCCCAGUCCUGGCCCCAGCCAGGCCUUGGACAUCCUUCCCCUUCCUUAUCUACAUUUGUUCUUGGGAGGUUGUAUUUAGGCUUGAGUCCUCAAGCCAGUACUUUGUGCCCAUAAUAAAGUUUUAAGCUAUUCAGACUCUUA